AUGUCGUCGCAUGCCUGGCUUGACUCCUUGUCGGAGGACUGGCCUUCAGAGCCGAAUUCGCCGACUGACUCCAAACCCCCGACAAGAAACGGCACAACACGAUCCAGCAUCAGGGCCAGCGGGACUAAGAUUCCGCGGCCUACCAGCAGCCCCAGCGCCAACAGAAGGUUGUCGGGGACGCCCAACGGGAACGGUAGCAUCGCUCUCAACGAGCGAAGCCCUAGCGACAUUAACAUUCCCGCACAGCUUUCCAAGCGAACUCCCUCAAAGCUCUCCCAGGAGGUCAGGUCUCAUCUUCAUCGCGGCCGCACCGCAAGCCGAUCUAUUUCAGGCUCUCCAGCAGGAUCAGUCGUUCAUAAUACCGUGCACCGCCAGUCGCUCAGCUCAUCGCCCGAGAAGAAAAAGUUUGAUACCCCAGAAUGGAAACGAAGACUGAUCUACGGCCAACUGGCUUAUGGGGAGCAACGCGACUUGUUCACUUCCGCUGGCACCGGUCUCGAGGGCAUGUUCAAGCCACCGGUCCAGGCAAAGGCCCCUCUCGAACAUCUGGACGAGGACCGCAGUGAUCUACAGAGGAAUAACACAACAUUCCCUUCCAGUCCACCAGAAAUCGCGGGGAACUACUCCAACUACGACGUCUUUUCCGAUCGGUACACAGAACAGGAACUGCCAGAGCACGUUGGGGCGACCCAAUCCAAUGGCCGCUCGGUCCGGUACAAGUUGGCCGAUGAGGGAGGGUCCGACACGAGUGAAUUCAGCGACAUGUCUGUUCGACGAAAGGUGCCACUGGAAGGAGCACAAGCAGACAGUAGCCGGUCCGCAGCACAAUUCCUAGCUCCAGCCACUGCCGGUGGCGGGUCGCGAAAGACCAGCAGUCAAAGUGCGGCUCGCCAUGAGGACUUCAGCCCCAUCUUUAUCGCUAGGCGUGGCGGUGAAGAUGGCAAGAAUGAUUUUUCUGCUCUGGAUCUGUCACCCUCCGUUCUGUACGAGCGUCUUGAGAGGGUACAAAAGGAUCGCAUGCGUGCAAAUGGCUCCGAACAUGACCUCUCGGAAGGCAGAUCCCAAGGAACAGUAGCCACGGGGGGCGUGCAACGGCUCGGCAGCUUUGUCAACCUUCGUAGGGGAGGUCAGUCGGUUGACGACUCCUUUCAGCAUCGUGUGUUGACACCAGCGCUGGGGAACACUUCAGACAUGCUUCCGGAAGAGUCUCUCCAAGCAAGCACCCCGAAACAGUUUCCGAGCCUGCGCGGUCAGAAAUCAGACUCUCGAGGCACGUUGUCUGGGACCCCGCCCGUGCCUGCUGCGCCAUAUCCGAGCCCGGACAAGAAGCAACUUCGUGCCCAGGGCGGUGGUGGCAGCCCGCUGAAGCUCUUUGGACCGUAUGAUACUUUCACGAACCAAACUCUGCUGAGAAGAAUCAGUCAGUUUGAAGAUCCGAAUACUUCACCUACAUCAGAAAGACCCCCAAACUUGGGCAAGCGAAAUUCGUCGGGAAAUCCGUCAAUAGACGCUACAGAUGCGGAUUUCAGAGCACACUCGAAUUUGGAUAGUCCAGAGCAGAAUUCGGGCCCUCAACAAAGGCAAUCUAGGUCGGUCAGCCAAUUCGGGGCAGGAGAGCUCGAUGGAUUCGAAUUUGACGAGGAUUUUUCACGUCUUUCCAUGGAGUCUGACGACGAGUCUGUUCUGCAUCGGUCGGUCGCGUUCAAUGCUACAGCGAACUCUUCGCCUUCGGGAGGUGGUAACAUUUCCAUUUCAAAACGGCGUCAAAAACCAGACAACAUCUCUGCGCUACACUUCAGGACUCUCUCGGGAGCUGCUUCACGAGCUGCGUCGGCAGCUGUGCUCGCAGCCACCCCGAAACACCAGAUCCAAGAUCAUGAGUACAAGAGGCCUCGAACAUCACCAACCAAAGACCCGACACCGAAGCGCAGGAGAACUUUACACGAGUCUGACAUCUCAUUCGGCGCUUCUGGGGAUGACGGUAUGCUAGAAUCAACUCAAACGUCCCACCAGCACAUGCAAGUGGUCAUUGGGAGGAAGCGUAAGGACGCUCGCGCUGGCGAAAUGCAACAAACAGCUAAUGCCGAAGUUUUAGCUUCUCGAAAGGUCCACCGCCUUCGAAGUCCCACUCCAAGUCAGAGGUCGUCAGUUCAAAAGGAACAACACCCGUACGACCAGUCUCAGGGAUCUGGGCAUGAAGGCGCGAAGCGCGCACGAAAGGCCCCUCACAAAGCUCAGCACCAACCCAGCUUUCCGGUCGGUGGUGGCAGGAAGCCUUCGAUCAGAACAGAAGACUUCAUCAAUGAAGCACACCGCAUUAUGGCAGCUAUCAGAGGCAAGAAUGGCACACGGAGCGGUCUUGCAAGCGUUGAAGAAUCGGAAUCGGAAAACAUUAAGCAACCCACCCGGGAGCCUGCUUUGCCAGACUCAUCAUUUCAGGAGUCGACUCGAGAACCAUUUUCAAGACCGCCAAGCCGUGACGGGAAGCCUAUUCCGAGGGCCAUCAACAGGCAAGAAAACCCCGAGCUGGUAGACCAUUUGAAAAAGUACGAGGAGCACAGUGAUAUGGGUGAUAUCAUCGCCUCCUCUCUGCGCUCGCUCGGUGUAUCUAAAGAAGACAUUCAGGCGGUGCAAGCCCUGGAGUACCAUUCCCACAGCUCGAUGUCGGAGGCUUCUGAGAAUAGUGUCUUGCGACAUGAUGAAAUAGUUAGCGACCCACCCAACAUUCGGAUCUCUGAGAACCCUCACCGUUAUGAGAACACUACUUCAGCAGAACAGGCUCAGCAGUUUCGAGAUCGGUUUCCCUCUCACAGCUCCGGCUCCGAAUCUGGUGCUUCCACAGGACAAUCCAUACGAACGGGAUCCUCCAGAGGGUCAGAUACCAGGAGAACGAUCGCACCCCAGAGUGUAUCCCAUCUCAUCCCUGAUCAGGUCGGCAACAUGGUUCUGGACAGACAGCGCAAUGUUUGGGUCAAGAGCAACCAGGUGCAUGCAACACGCACGAAGAGAAGCAAUACUCUCGUCUCCGAGAACAGCGAGGAUGAUCCGUUUGCUGAUAUCCCUGACUUGACCGUGGACGCGACAAGGGAGCUGCAAAAUCUGAGAGAUAAGCAGAGUCGGCAGAAUCAAUCAGGCAUGCAUUUCUUCGGUCCUGAUAAGUUCAUGGGAAGUCCACCCCAGUCAGUCCGUGGACAGUCCCUCAAAUCCAUUCUCGUAAAGGAUUUUGCCGCCAAAACAAGCAAGAAUGGGUCGAUGAGAUCUACGAGUAAACUGAUGAGGAAGUUUGCCGAAGCUGACAACGAGGAUGUCGAGCACGAGAUCACAAUACACGAAGAUCGCCUGGAAGACUCGUCGCCUCGCCGACGAAUGACCAUCAGCUUCUCGUCUCCCAUAGCUUCUAUUAUACAAGAUGUGGUUGGCGGGAGCGGCCAAGAAGAAAGCAACACCAGUAUGUUCGAGCAGUCUGUCACGGACAUGCUCCAGUCAUCCGGGAGGCACGGUCGCCGCACAGUCUCCAUUCAGUCAUUGAAUGGCCACAGCGGGCCGCGACCACGAAGCUCCUCCAGUGCGCCAUCACGCCAUAUGUCGGUCAAAGGCGCAUCAUUUGUACCUCGUCCAGUAUCAGUGAUUGAGGAGGAGAGUGACGAGAAGAGCUUUGUGGAUAGGACAGAAGUUACCAAGGCCGGCGACCAGAGUCUCACGGAAGAGAAACCAUCUCAGCGUCGCCAAGCAAGUCUGAGCAUCAUGUUUAAAACACCUGGUCGCCCCAAAUCAAGUCUCCGACCAGACAAUGCAGAAACGCUCAGCCGCCACAUCGGCAAUUUGUCGCUGAGUCCUAUAUCUGACUUCACUGCACACCAGGAUCGCUCAUUAGCCUUCGAAGUAAGCUACCUACUCGACGAUCAGAAUCUUGUGACGGGCGACGGUUCACGACAGCGUAUGUCGCAGACGGUUCGCCACCUAGUCAGCAAGCUUGCGGAAGUAGAACCGUUCGAGCCAUAUUGGGAGGAUUUGAAGGAAAUGGCACUCCGUGAAAAACAACUGGACAGUCUGCAUAUGCUGGACCGGUUUUGCGGAAGCCUUGUCAAAAUCGAUGUCUCGCGCAACACGAUAAGGGCCCUGGACGGCAUCCCGUCGUCUAUUCGCGAGUUGACCAUAACCCACAACAUGCUUAGUGAGCUAACUGCUUGGGAUCGCUUGGGAAACUUGCAGUACGUGAAUGUCUCGAACAACGACAUCAAGAGUCUCUCAGCUUUCAAUGGUCUGGUUCAUCUGCGCGGCUUAGUUGCAGACAAUUGUGGACUAGCCAACUUGGACGGCAUCAAGUUCCACGACUCGCUCUUGACCUUGAGGGCCAGGGACAACUGCAUUGAGAAACUCAGCUUUGAGGGUACUAAUCUGCAGAGGAUGACCAGUCUUGAUCUGGAGGGCAACAAGAUACGGGAAAUUGAGAGUCUACAUGAACUUUCUUCCUUGACGUAUCUCAAUCUGAAAGGGAAUGAGCUGGUCAAGUUCAGCUCUGUUGAGCCACUCGCGCUGAAGCACCUGAUCAUCAGCGACAACAAACUGAGGAAACUCGAUGUGACUUCGAUGGCUCGACUUCACCUGUUGUAUGCCGAUCGCAACAAGCUCACGACAGUCGAUGGUCUGCCUCGAGUUCCUCAUCUGGACAGUCUAUCGCUUAGGGAGCAGGGCGGAUCAAAGCCUUUCGACUUGUCCUUUUUGAAGACCGCAUAUGAGGUUCGGAAAUUGUUCCUUUCGGGAAAUCAUCUUGGGUUUUUCGAUCCACCACGCGACUUUCUGAACCUGCAGCUCUUGGACCUAGCGAACUGCGGCCUGCAGCGUCUGCCUGACAACCUGGGACAAUUGAUGCCCAACUUGCGUGUGGCCAACCUCAGCUUCAACGGUCUGUCAGACGUCAGCGGCCUCACGAGUAUUCCGCGACUCAAACGCCUGUUGCUUGCAGGCAAUCGGUUGGCCGACACGAAAUCGCUGCUCAGUGUCCUAAGCGAAUUCCCAUGGCUGACCGAGGUCGACCUGCGUGACAAUGCUAUCACACAAGGCUUUUACCCUCCCAUACACAUGGUCCUUCGAGAUGGCGAACUACAAACUACCGACAUUUUCAAGCUCCCCGACGCGGACCUUGAACGUGACGCCAGGUACUGUGGCCGCCUAGACAUGGACACCCGAAUACAACGGCGGAUAUACGAGCGCAAAUGUGUGCGAUACUGUAAGCAAUUGCAGAAGCUGGACGGCCUGCCAGCGAAUAGGAAGGUACGGCAUAUAAGAGAUGUGGUAUGGAAGAACAUGGUCCUGCGAGGCAUGCUGCUCAGGCCGGACGGGAUGCCGUUCGACUUGUCUCAGUACGAACUGGAGAAGGAAGAGGAUCCUACUUCAUAUGUCAGUGAUGAAGAUGGGGAUGAGGAGAAGAGAAAGAGCAAGAGCGUCGAUGAGAGUGCGCGCUGGGGCAUCGAGGAUAGCUUUGCGGGUUGA